UACAACCAUGCCGCUGGUGUUUACAUGAUUUUUCCCCCGUUUACGUCGCCCACAGUUAUUAAGAGACAUUUAGCAACGUGCUUGUUUUACAGUAAGCGUGAAUACUUAUCUAAUCCUGAGCGGCGGACCCAAGAAGAAAUCGCUGCUACACAGCCGUGGUCCUUUUUAUAUCAGCUCGGAGCUAAUGUAGGUAUGUCUGGUGAAUCUGCACAAAAGGACCUGUAUUCUGUCCUAGGAGCUAGCUCCUCUGACUCUCUGCAACAACUGAAACACAGAUACCAGCAACUAGCUUUACAGUACCAUCCAGACCGCCUUGGCAAUGUGUGUCCUUGUGAAGCAGAGACAGGCCUGAAAAAGUUUCUGGAGGCAGACGCAGCAUGGCGAGUUCUCAGUGACGACACCAGCAGGAGAGAGUAUGACCUACAGAGAAGAGCCAAAGAACUGAAACAGGAUUGGCCAGUGGAUUCUGCAGUCUGUCUGGAGGACAUGACCUGGGACAUGGAUAACUCUGUGUAUACGUACGGCUGCCGCUGUGGAGGGGAAUUUGCUGUCACGGUGGAGGAGAUAGAGGGGUUGACAGAGGAGAGGGGUUGCAGAAUGGAGGAAGAAGAAAGGGGACUGACAGUGGACGAGAUGGAGAAAAAAGUGGAGGAGGAGGGCAGAGGAGAGGGUGAAGGAGUGGUGGUGUGCUGUGAUACCUGCUCCCUCUGUGUAUAUGUCACAAGGUCAAGGACAUACUAAACACACAGUGUCAGUGCAAAAACUUUGCAAACCCAUCAUAUACACACCAGUCACAACUGGUAAGAAUAUUAUGGGCUGAAUUUUGGGUGACAUUACACUUCUUGGUGGGUAUCCUUCCACAGUAUGGAAAUGUACAUUUACAGUAUGACAUAUUUCUUUUGCUUUCUGUUUUGUUGUUCAUGACAGGCAGGUGAAAAAUACACAGGCUUCUUCACAAGUGAAACAUUGAUCUGAAAUUACUAUAGAACACAAAAAAUACAAGUCGGUAAUUUCAUGAAAUGUUUUAUUUCAAGUGAAGAAGACAGGAUAUGUCUUACCUUCGGCAUGACUGGUCUGAAAUGAAAAGGAUGAUUCUUUAAAGAACGAGGAUAACAUAAUGGAUGCCAGCUUUUUAUUCCUGAGUAUCAAACUUUAUUAGCCUGUACACACCACCGGUCCAGUACCUGAACUGAACAAUAGAUAUUAGUUUUAAGAGUCAUCAAACAAAAUUAAUCACUUUUUGUCAUUAUAGAAUGAAGACCUUGAUGUUUUUGAAAAAGGAAAAGCGGUCCCUUUGCUUGUAUGACUUAUGUGCUAAAUAUACCUCCAAGUCAAGGAGAACUGGUACUGGCACUACUUUUCCUCCAACCAGUGUCAAUAUAGUAAGUACAUCCUCAAUGUGUUUCCAUCUUGGGAGUAACUCUUGAAGAACAUAUUGUGUUGACGCUGCCAUAGAAGAGCAAUGGCCAAAAGACAGUCGAGCACGAGUUGCGUUUGGGAGACACAGCAUUUCUCUUCGGUUGCUGCGGUGUCGGGACUGUCUGCAUGUAUCUAUCUGUAUAUCUGUAAACAGUGUGAAUGAAUUACUUGAAUGAUUAUUUAUGAUAACACAGCACAAAAUUAAAGCAAGUGACAU